AUGUCCUGGGAAGUUUCCACUGCCGGUGAGGCAGUCUUUCCACCUGGGCAGGAAAAUCCAGGUGACAUAAUAACUAACUGGGAGGAGCAACGAACAAGGGGAAACCGUCGGAUAAGUAGAAAGCUGGUCUACAUUUCCAUCCUGAAGAACGUUUUAAAUGUGUAUUUCCUGUUUGACAGGGACAAUGUUGGACACAUCGAUAAGAAGUAUGCCUGCUAUGUAAUUCAGAUGAUUUACGAAAAUGAUGCGAAAUUUAUGGUAGAAAAUGUUAAGUUAAGUGGAGAAGACGCUGCUGUAUCCGCGUUCCAACCUGUGGGCGAGUUUAUAACGAAAGAAGUUUUUAUUGAUGUCGUGACGCAAUUCAUACAAAGCAGCACACACGGUAGGGAUAGGCAUAUGUACAGAAUGAUGAAGUAUCCACAAAAUAUGAUCACCAAGUUUUACAGCUAUGUGCAUUAUUUGAAAGAACUGGAUAGUGAACAAAAAAAGAAAGAAAUCAAAAUUAAAAAAAAAACAAAGGAAUUGAAAAGCAUAUUCUUCUUGGAUGACCAAUUAGUAAAUGCCGAUUUGGAUACUCACAUCAAACAUUUUAACGAAAAAACGAGAAAAAAGUUACAAAACAUCAAGAUAGAAAAGGAUGCGCGAGAAAUGAAGGAAUGCACAUUUUACCCAGAAAUUGCAAAGAAGCCACUGUAUUUGUUAAACAAAAAAUUUGAGACAAAAAUGAAAAAAUUAUAUGAAGAAAAAAACACGAAUGGGAAGUACACCCCAAUUAGGAUAACCUACGACAUAGACGAUUCGAUUGAGAGGACGUUGAAUUUGCCGGAACUUGUCUCUUUCAAAAGUAACUAUGAGCCUUCUACAAAUUUUAGCGAUUUGCAACAUUUACACAGCGAAAGUAAUGCCAAACCGGAGAUCCAGCUGAAGUAUAUAAUUCACCAGGGGUACGCAAAACCGAAGAAAAUACACUGGAACGAUACGCUCAGGAAUAAACGAGCCGUUUCGCUUAGAGAAAUGGAUGAGGAUCUCUAG